AUGUCUCGAGUUUCUCGGCUCGCGGAGAUUCGAAAGAGGCGAGAUGCCAAAAGUGGGAAUGACGGACUGAAAGAAGGUGGUGAAGUGAAGAAUGCCGUUUCCAGUGAGUUAAAUGCUGAGAUUAAGCUGAGGGACACAGGCAGCAGAGAUGAGGUAGCAGAUAAUGAGAAAGAUGCUGCAGACCUAGUCCAGGAAACUGCCACUAGUCAGCAGAUCCCCGAUGCUUUGGCGUCGGAUGAUCAAGAGAGAUUGUUUCGAGAAAUCUACGAUCAGACGGGGUUUUUUGAAUCCGAAGGUGUCCAGACAGAGAAAGCUAUCAGCUACAAUAGCGACCUCAAGGAAGAUCUUGCUCCACUCUAUGAGCGGGCACACCACGGUACAGAGAGAGCCAUCAAUGCGAUCAUCCAGAAGAAGUACCAAGAGAGUGUGGGGCAUUCUGAAUAA